AUGUAUUGGAUUUUGUCAGGUAGAAGUGCGAUUCGUAAUGUUUUAAGAAAGUGUAUUUUAUGCUUCAGGUUAAAGCCAACAUGUCCGACGCAAUUGAUGGGUGAAUUACCGAAAGAGCGAGUAACUCCCUCACGAGUUUUUGCUCACACGGGAUUAGAUUAUGCUGGACCGUUUGCGAUUAAGAUUUCUAGAAAUAAGACGAGUAAGGCAUAUCUCUGUUUGUUCGUAUGCAUGGCAACUAAGGCAGUGCAUUUGGAGCUGGUUCCAGACCUGACAACGAAUGGGUUUCUAAAUUCAUUAAAAAGGUUCGUUGCACGACAAGGAAAAUGCAUUUCCUUGUCAUCGGAUAAUGGCAAAAAUUUCGUCUGGGCAAGUAAUGAGUUGCGUAGAAUCGUCCAGGCAUUGUUCUCAGAGUCUGGAAGCAGGUCCAAAAUUCUCGACUUCGUGGCAACUAAUUCAAUAAAGUGGAAUUUUAUUCCACCGCAAGCUCCUCACAUGGGAGGAUUAUGGGAGGCAGCAGUGAAAUCUGCCAGAUCUCAUUUAAAAUCUGUACUCAACGACACACCUUUGACCUUCGAGGAAUUUUAUACGGUUAUUACUCAAAUCGAAGCAAUUUUGAAUUCAAGACCUUUGUGUCCUUUUUCUUCAGAUGUGCAAGACCUGAAUGUCCUCACUCCGGGACAUUUUCUGAUUGGUACAGCUAUGAAUUCCGUUCUGUAG